AAGCAGAGGGUUGGUUGGGCUUUCCAUCCACACAGGGAGCCUGUCCCAUCUGACCCUGGCCCUCCGAGCUCACCCUGAGGAGGGCCUGAGCCAGGCAAGCUGGGCCGAGUAGUGCGUUGACGAAAGACCUACAUUCUCGCAGCAUCUACCCUCUCCUAAGUGGGCCCACUGGGGGUUGUUGUGACUCAUGGGUAGGACCCCAGGGUGGAAGGUGCUGUCAGCAGCCCGUUUCUGGGAGUUGAGGCUUCUCAGUGCUAUGACCCCUGGUCUACCCUUGACCCUCUGGCACCCACUUGCUUGGCAUCCGUCAUUUUUAUUUUCAGGGGCCAGGGGAAGAGAGUAAAGGAGUGGGUGCUGCUGGAUUCUGUCACUGUCCCCAGGCCCCAAUGCUCGGGAUCACCUCCACCCACAUACUCUCAUCUCUGCCUCUGAUCCAUCUCUGGUUAGGGGCGUCCUGAGGAUCAUAUUCCCACUGUGAUCAGCCCUUGACAAAGAUGAAGUGACGCCCCUACUGCAGAAGAGGAGCCUCUAGGACCCGCUACAAGAGUUUGGGACCAAAGAGAGGAGAAUGGAUCUUGGUACAGCUGAAGGCACCCGGUGCACCGACGCGCCCACAGGCAAGCCCGCGAUGGCCGCCAAGCGCAAAGGCGGCCUGAAGCUCAACGCCAUCUGCGCCAAGCUGAGCCGCCAGGUGGUGGUGGAGAAGGGGGCAGAGGCUGGCGCCCACGCCGGGGGCAGCCCGCUGAGGCCCCAGGACAAAGAGCGCAGUGGCCCGGAGUCGGGGGUGGCCCGGACCCCCCGCAGUGAAGAAGACAAGAGGCGGGCGGUGAUCGAAAAGUGGGUGAACGGAGAGUACAGCGAGGAGCCGGCACCCACGCCCUUGCCGGGGCGCACCCCGCGCGAGGGCCUGGAGCUGCCGCCCGAGGGCGUCUACAUGGUGCAGCCCCAGGGCUGCAGCGAUGAGGAAGACCACGGCGAGGAGCCCCCCAAGGACGGCGGUGCGGCGGAGGAGAAGGACACAGACAGGGCGGCCUCCAAGGACAGCAGUGGCCCCAGUGCCAAGCAGCCGUCAGGAGAGGCCUCCUCGCUGCGGGACUAUGCGGCCUCCACCAUGACCGAGUUCCUCGGCAUGUUCGGCUACGACGACCAGAACACGAGGGACGAGCUGGCCAGGAAGAUCAGCUUCGAGAAGCUGCAUGCGGGCCCCGCCCCCGAGGCAGCCACCUCCUCCGUGCUGCCCACCUCGGAGGACGCCCUCAGCAAGCGGGCGCGCUUCUCCAAGUACGAGGAGUACAUCCGAAAGCUGAAGGCGGGCGAGCAGCUCUCCUGGCCGGCCCACGGCGCCAAGGCCGAGGAGCGAGCCGGCAAGGAGGCCAUGGGCCCCCUGCCGGGCCUGCGGCUGCCCAGCAGCACGGCGCACCUGGAGACCAAGGCCACCAUCCUCCCGCUGCCCUCACACAGCAGCGUGCCCAUGCAGGGCCUGGUGGCCCGGGCCUCCAAGUACGACUUCUUCAUCCAGAAGCUGAAGACGGGCGAGAACCUGCGGCCCCAGAACGGGAGCACCUACAAGAAGCCAUCCAAGUACGACCUGGAGAACGUCAAGUACCUGCACCUCUUCAAACCCGGGGAGGGCAGCCCUGACAUGGGCGGGGCCAUCGCCUUCAAGACAGGCAAGGUGGGGCGCCCCUCCAAGUACGACGUCCGGGCCAUCCAGAAGCCGGGCCCUGCCAAGGUCCCACCCACUCCCAGCCUGGCUCCUGCUCCCCUUGCCAGCGUGCCCAGUGCUCCCAGUGCCGCUGGGCCAGGGCCUGAGCCGCCUGCCUCCCUGCCCUUCAACACUCCCGAGUACCUGAAGUCGACCUUCUCCAAAACGGACUCCAUCACCACGGGGACCGUCUCCACUGUCAAGAACGGAUUGCCCACAGAUAAGCCAGCUGUCACCGAAGACGUAAACAUUUACCAGAAAUAUAUUGCCAGGUUCUCGGGCAGCCAGCACUGCGGCCACAUCCACUGCGCCUACCAGUACCGCGAGCACUACCACUGCCUCGACCCCGAGUGCAACUACCAGAGGUUCACCAGUAAGCAGGACGUGAUCCGGCACUACAACAUGCACAAGAAGCGGGACAACUCGCUGCAGCACGGCUUCAUGCGCUUCAGCCCACUGGACGACUGCAGCGUGUACUACCACGGCUGCCACCUCAACGGGAAGAGCACCCACUACCACUGCAUGCAGGUGGGCUGCAACAAGGUCUACACGAGCACGUCGGACGUGAUGACGCACGAGAACUUCCACAAGAAGAACACCCAGCUCAUCAACGAUGGCUUCCAGCGCUUCCGAGCCACCGAGGACUGUGGCACGGCCGACUGCCAGUUCUACGGGCAGAAGACCACACACUUCCACUGCAGGCGCCCUGGCUGCACGUUCACCUUCAAGAACAAGUGUGACAUCGAGAAGCACAAGAGCUACCACAUCAAGGACGACGCCUACGCCAAGGACGGCUUCAAGAAGUUCUACAAGUACGAGGAAUGCAAGUACGAGGGCUGCGUGUACAGCAAGGCCACCAACCACUUCCACUGCAUCCGCCCCGGCUGCGGCUUCACCUUCACCUCCACCAGCCAGAUGACCUCGCACAAGCGCAAGCACGAGCGCAGGCACGUGCGCUCCUCGGGCGCCCUGGGGCUGCCGCCCGCGCUGCUGGGCGCCAAGGACGCGGAGCAGGAGGAGUCCAGCAACGACGACCUGGUGGACUUCUCCGCCCUGAGCAGCAAGAACUCCAGCCUGAGCGCCUCCCCCACCAGCCAGCAGUCCUCCGCCUCCCUGGCUGCUGCCACCGCCGCCCCCGAGGCCGUGCCCGGCGCCACCAAGGCCCCCAACAGCAAGAUCUCCGGGCUGCUGGCCCAGGGCCUGCCCGGCUCCAUCCCCCUGGCGCUGGCCCUCUCCAACCCGGGCCUGCCCACCGCCGCCUCCUACUUCCCCAUCCUUCCGGGCAGGGGGAGUGCCUCCCUGCCGGUGGGCACCCCCAGUCUCAUGGGUGCCAUGUCAUCUGGGGCAGCAGCCUCAGCAACCCCUGACACGCCCUCUCUGGCCGCCUCGGGAGCUGGUGACUCAGCCCCCGCGGUUGCCACCUCUGUCUCGGUGCCCCCCGCCUCCAUCAUGGAGAGGAUCUCUGCGAGCAAGGGCCUCAUCUCGCCCAUGAUGGCCAGGCUGGCCGCGGCCGCCCUCAAGCCCUCUGCCACCUUUGACCCAGGCAAUGGGCAGCAGGCCACCCCUGCCAGGUUCCCCCCAGCCCCGGUGAAGCAGGAGCCCGGUGAGAUCGCUGGCGCCCCAGGUUCCCACGAGGCCUCCCAGGACCGCAGUUUAGACCUGACUGUGAAGGAGCCCAGUAAUGAAUCAAAUGGCCACGCAGUCCCGGCAAAUUCAUCUCUUUUAUCCUCGCUUAUGAAUAAGAUGUCUCAGGGCAACCCCAACCUCGGCAGCCUGUUGAACAUCAAGACGGAAGCAGAGGGGAGCCCCGCCGGGGAGGCCUCACCCUUCCUGGGCAAGGCCGCGAAGGCGCUGGCUCAGGAGAAGCUGUCAGAGCCCUGGAAGCUGUACCUUCGCAGGUUUGGUACCAAGGACUUCUGCGACGCCCAGUGUGACUUCCUUCACAAGGCCCACUUCCACUGCGUGGUGGAGGAGUGUGGAGCGCUUUUCAGCACCCUGGACGGGGCCAUCAAGCAUGCCAACUUCCACUUCCGGACAGAGGGAGGAGCCGUGAAAGGGAGCACAGAGGCCCCCUUCCCGGCCUCGGCUGCGGAGACCAAACCUCCCCUGGCCCCCUCGUCCCCUCCGGCGCCUCCCGUCACCACCGCUGUGGCUUCCUCUCUGGAGGGACCCACUCCCAGCCUGGCCGCUGUGCCCUCCACCCCCACCCUGCUCGCCUGGAAGCAGCUGGCUUCCACCAUACCCCAGAUGCCUCAGAUUCCAACGUCAGUGCCUCACCUGCCCACUUCACCCUUGGCCACGACUUCUCUAGAAAACGCCAAGCCCCAGGUCAAACCCGGAUUCCUCCAGUUCCAGGAGAACGAUCCUUGCCUCGCGACGGACUGCAAGUAUGCCAACAAGUUCCACUUCCACUGUCUCUUUGGGAACUGCAAGUACGUCUGCAAAACCUCCGGCAAGGCCGAGUCCCACUGCCUGGACCACAUCAACCCCAACAACAACCUGGUGAACGUGCGAGACCAGUUUGCUUACUACUCCCUGCAGUGCCUCUGUCCCAACCAGCACUGCGAGUUCCGGAUGCGUGGGCACUACCACUGUCUCCGGACCGGCUGCUACUUUGUGACCAACAUCACCACCAAGCUGCCGUGGCACUUGAAGAAGCACGAGAAAGCGGAGCGGCGGGCAGCCAACGGGUUCAAGUACUUCACCAAGCGUGAGGAGUGCGGCCGGCUAGGCUGCAAGUACAACCAGGUGAACAGCCACUUCCACUGCAUCCGAGAGGGCUGCCAGUUCUCCUUCCUCCUCAAGCACCAGAUGACCUCCCACGCCCGGAAGCACAUGCGCAGGAUGCUGGGGAAGAACUUCGAUCGAGUGCCCCCCUCCCAGGGCCCCCCGAGCCUGAUGGACACGGAGACAGAUGAGUACAUGGAUUACACGGGCUGCAGCCCAGGCGCCGUGUCCUCGGAGUCGUCCACCAUGGACAGAAGCUGCUCCAGCACCCCUGUGGGCAACGAGAGCACAGCAGCAGGGAACACCAUCUCCAUGCCGACAGCCUCAGGGGCCAAAAAGCGCUUCUGGAUCAUCGAGGACAUGUCGCCCUUUGGGAAGCGGCGCAAGACGGCCUCCUCUCGCAAGAUGCUGGACGAGGGCAUGAUGCUGGAGGGCUUCCGGCGCUUCGACCUCUACGAGGACUGCAAGGACGCGGCCUGCCAGUUCUCGCUCAAGGUCACCCACUACCACUGCACGCGCGAGAACUGCGGCUACAAGUUCUGCGGGCGCACGCACAUGUACAAGCACGCGCAGCACCACGACCGCGUGGACAACCUCGUGCUGGACGACUUCAAGCGCUUCAAGGCCUCGCUCAGCUGCCACUUCGCCGACUGCCCCUUCUCGGGCACCAGCACGCACUUCCACUGCCUGCGCUGCCGCUUCCGCUGCACCGACAGCACCAAGGUCACGGCGCACCGCAAGCACCACGGCAAGCAGGACGUGAUCAGCGCGGCCGGCUUCUGCCAGUUCAGCUCGAGCGCGGACUGCGCCGUGCCCGACUGCAAGUACAAGCUCAAGUGCUCGCACUUCCACUGCACCUACCCGGGCUGCCGCCACACGGUCGUGGGCAUGUCCCAGAUGGACUCGCACAAGCGCAAGCACGAGAAGCAGGAGCGAGGGGAGCCCGGCCCCGAGGGCCCCGCGUGCGGCGCGGCCGCCGGCCUGGACAGCUCGCUGUCGCUGGGCACCGAGCCCGGGGGCUCGCUGCUCUUCCUGCAGAGGGCCGCCGCCGGCCUGGGCCUGGAGCUGGGCGACGCGGGCGACCCCGGCCCCCUCGACGGCCCGGGGCCCCGCGACGGCCCCGCAGCGCCCGCGCCCGGGCCCGCGGCCGGGGAGUCGUCGCAGGAGGACGAGGAGGAGGAGCUGGAGCUGAACGAGGAGGAGGGGGAGGACGACGAGGACGACGAGGACGAGGACGAGGAGGAGGACGACGACGACGACGAGGACGACGACGACGAGGACCUGCGCACCGACUCGGAGGAGUCGCUGCCGGAGGCGGGGCCGGGGACACGGAGCCCGGAGCGGGCAGCCCCGGGCGCCCCCGCGCCCCCCGCGCCCCCCGCGGCCUCGCCCUAG